CACAGAAUCAGGUAGUUUACAUUUAUUUAAAUAUUCAGGUUUAAUGAUUUGAACUACCUCCACGUCAUAUCUAAAAAAUAUUGUUUAUGAAUGACUUCAUUACUUACAGCAAGUCAAUAAACCCCUGAAAAUAAAUAUGAGUACAGUAAACUAUUCAGUAAUGGUUGAGAUAAAUAAAACAGAAGAAGCUAUCAAAACAACAUAUGAAAGGAUUCAUGCUUUGGAACAAAAACUGCGAGUUGGUUUUUUAGAAGAAAAUAAGAAAAACCAAAUUGAACAAGAAUUAGUAGAAGUACGUAAAUUACUUCAGACUCACGAGGAACAGUUGGCUCAUUUGCGAACACAUAAUAGAAAAACAUUUAUUUUAGCAGUAUCUUUAAUAUUUAUUAUUUUUGCUGUGUAUAUGCUAUACAUUCUCAUUUGGAAUCCAAUCAAUUAAUUACAUGUUUAGGUGAUGAACUUCAAUUUAUCAAUAACAGUAUAAGCCCAUGGACUUUAUUAAAUUAGAUUUUCCUUUAUGUAAUUUGUACUUUUUCAUAUUAACAUUUUUCUAUAGUUUAUAUAAUAAAUAAACAGUUCUAAAAAAGUCAAACUAUUUAUU